ACACGACGAAUUGUAAGUUUUUGUAACAUCUUUGAAUUUCACUAAGGAAGUUGGAAACAAAAUGCAGUCGAUGAAGGAAACAGCGUCAAACAUCGCAGCUUCUGCGAAGUCUGGCAUGGACAAGACCAAAGCCACCUUGGGGGAGAAGGCGGAGAAGAUGACAACACGAGACCCUAUUCAGAAACAAAUGGCUACACAGAAGAAAGAAGGAAGAAUCAACGAGGCUGAGAUGCAAAAGAGAGAAGCGUGUGAGCACAACGCUGCCAUGAAAGAAGCCAGUGGAGCUGGAACCGGAACUGGUCUAGGACUGGGGUCUGCCACUCACUCAACCACAGGACAAGUCGGACACGGAACUGGGACCCAUCAGAUGUCGGCUUUACCUGGUCACGGGACGGGACAACCAACGGGUCAAGUUGUGGAGGGUACAGCUGUGACUGAACCAAUAGGAACGAACACAGGAACUGGUAGGACCACCGCUCAUAACACCCACGUCGGUGGUGGCACUGGCACAACGGGGUAUGGAACCGGUGGAGGAUAUACUGGUUAAGACGUUUUUCUCAGUUUGCUAUGUUCUUGUUAACUCCAUAAGUUUUCUUGUUUUGUGUGUUAAUGUUUUUUUUUUUCGGUCCUAGCUUUAUUUUCUCCUAAGUGACCGUAGGACUUUGUGUUUUCGUGUGGGUUCUACUCUUUUUAAUCAAGUUUUGUGAGAUAAUCAAUGGUUCAAUAUUAACUUCUGAU